UCUCUCUCAGUCGCCAUUUUUGUGAUACCUCUCCGGUUUGUACGUCAAGCCUUUCUUUCUGGAGUUGGUCCGAGUUUUUCAAGUGUAAAUUCCUGUUGAAAAAGUGAUAAUUGCUGGACUAAAAGUGUACCAAAGUGGAGUCUGGCCCGGGAAGCACAGUUUGAAAGUACCAGAGCGUGGAUUACGAGCAGAUGUAAGGUGUUUUGUGCGUUGGAAAAGUUGGCAAUUUUUCAUCCCCCGUUUUCCCGUGCGCCGAGAGUGGGUGACGAAGAAGAAAAAAUCCUGUGUUUAUUAAGCGCAAUGGUGGCUGAUGGCAGCAGCGGCUAAGCGGGGAGCCAGCUCUGAACUGUGAGGAAUUUUUCUGUGUGUUUUCUGUGUGGAUUUUGCGAGACGACAACUGGAAGAAAGUAUCAAGAAAUUAGAAAACGGCAUCCGCGAUGAGCGACUCCGACGAUGAGAUCGUGGCCGGAGGAUCCCGAGUCAACCGCCGGCUGAGACGCAGAACGGGUCCAGGUACAUCAGGUGUGGCGGCGACGAGAAGGACGGCAGCAGCGGCCGGUAGAAGACGGCUGCGGGAUGAUAGCGAGCUGUCGAGCGAAGCCAACGGGAACAGCGAUAGUGGCAGCGAAAUCGAACAAUCCGUUCGCAAGAAGGGCAAGAAGUUUGUACUGGAUGACGACGAGGCAGGUCCGAGCGGAACGCAGCAGGUUAGAGGCAAUGCGAAUUCCGAGUGGGAAUCCGAUUGGAACAGCGACGAGGAACAGGCGCUGCUCGAUUCGGGUGGAAAGAAGGCCGCUGCUGCCCUGGUCAGCAAACUGGGCUACGCUUCGGAUUCGUCAACCAGCAGCAACGACAGCGAAAAGUGUCCCAUCUGUUUACUUUCGCUGACCGAUCUGGAGAUCGGUGUACCGGAGGUGUGCGAGCACGUGUUCUGUGCUCCCUGUAUCGAGGAGUGGUCGAAAAAUGUCACGACCUGUCCAAUUGAUCGUAAAAACUUCGACGUUAUCAACGUCUAUAAAAGCAUCGAUCGGAAGGAGUUGGUUCGUAAGAAUCAAGUCCAAGUCAAGGCGCCCGAUGAUGUGCCCGUCGUUGAGGAUCAUGAGCUGACCUACUGUGAAGUUUGUCGCCGACCGGAUCACGAAGAUACCAUGCUUCUGUGCGAUUCGUGCAAUCUGGGCUACCACAUGGACUGUCUGACUCCUCCUCUGACGGAAGUCCCGUCAGGAUCCUGGUAUUGCGAUUGCUGUUUCGCUUCGGGUUCCGACGAAGACGACGAAGAGGUUCAGGAUUUGCUCAACGAUCUGGAUGAUAUUGGUGGGGUUCGUCCAACUCGAAUGCGUCUACGUAUGAACAGUCCACCGAGGAUCGUUCGCACCAGACAGAGUGAACGCAUCCGUGCCACGAUCCUCACUCGUACUUCAACGUCCGUUCGAUUGAAUGUUGUUGAUGAUCCGAAUCAACCGGGUCCAUCUACUAGAAGGAGAAUCGGAACAAUCGGAACGACAGGAGCAGCCGCUGCUGCUCCUGCCAGAACGGUACGCAAACGCCGAAAGCGUCGUACCCGUCGAAAAAUUCUACGCAUGAUCAUUUCCGAGUAUGAUGUGGACAACGACGAUGAGAAAUUUGCUAUCAAAAGAAAGAAAAUCUACAACACGCUCAAAAAACUAAGCAAAAAACGUUCGAAGCGCAAGCGUGCAUCCCGCAGGAGUAAGGCUGCUGAGCUGACUCCAGGGUUGAACCAAGAGGGAGCCGAUCUUCAGCGCCAGCGUUUCAGUACCGGCAUUCCAUCGUUGAAGAUCUUUGGGGGAGCAAACGAUUUGGAUUACUUUUCUGACGACGAUCAGGAGGACAUGGAAGCGGACGUUUCGCUUGGCGGUCGAGGUGAAACGGCCGUUUCCAGUAUUCGCGCAGCUCUGAGGAAUCCACUAGGCCGUAGACGGGCUCUGAAGAGUGGUUUUGAGGCAAGUUCGACCAGUAGAUCUGUUGACUUGCUCGGAAGUAUUAUGGAAAAUCAGGAACGCUGGCAUUCCAAAAAUGGACUUGGAGAUGUUAAGAUCGACAAUGGCAAGAUUAUCUUCAAGAAUACAAGCCCGCAAAAGAAAGACUCGAAUCCUCCGGGAGCGACCCAAGCUGGAAUUGGGCAUAAUUCUCAGAGCAAUGUUAGUCUAUCCGAAUCGAAUACUGGAGCGGCUGACUCUACUAGUUCCAAUCGAAAUGGCCAAUCAGCAGGCGAGUCGGAAGGUGCAGCUGCUGUUGCGUCUAGUUCCACUUCCGGGGCCGGUGGAAAUGAUCAAAAUAAUGACAGUGUUCCUGAUCCAUCGGAUAUGUCCAUAUUUGUAGAUCUUCCACCGCUGAGCAACCCUACCGAGGAGGACGAAGAAGACGAAAAGAAAAAGAAAAAAGAUUCAUUCGACAUGUUCGGAACGGAUCCAAUUCCACUGCCUUCUGCACCGGCACCUGGUCCGGCCCAAUCCGCAUCGACCAAUCCGGUUCCAGAGAGCACUACUGCUGACGAUGGUCUCGCUCCAGGAACAUCCAGAGGAUUCGGCAAGUUCAAGUAUACAAUGACCUCAGAAGCCAACAACUGCCCCAACUUUUCCGUGUAUUCAUCCGAAACACUCGAAUAUGCAAAGGGUUGUGGUGAAGAACCGUACGAUCCAUUGGACAGUGAACAGAAAACGGACGACGAAUUUGAGGAACGAGAUGAAGAUUUAGUUCAGCUGGAUGACGAAGAGCCUCCAGUGCAGAAACCACAUGACACUCCUGUCGAACCCGACCAGGAGCAUAUUCCCAAUGGGACGGACAAGCUCCCAGCCGGAGAUCUGGAUCACGAUGCUUUCGAUUCCGAUUCCGAGGAUGAGUUGAAAAAGAUUGAAGAAUCAUCCGCUCCUAUUGGUCCCGAACCUGAACCGACAAAUGAACUGGAGGCUUUGACACCGCCUCUAACCACCACGGUGGCUGCCGCUUUGGCAUCUUCGGGAACGGCUGUCACAACGACAGCCGGACUUCAGACGGGAACGGUAGUUGUCGGUGAAGCAAGUACCACCACUACCAGUGUUCCUAGUGGUGGUGCACCUGCUAAUUCGGCCCAAGGUGAAGAGGAUCGCAGCUACACUCCGUGUUUGGACGAAAAGUACCAGGAAGCAGCACGUCGAGAACAGGACAAGAGUGGUUCAACACCGACACUACCGCCACCGUCUGGUAGUACGAAGGAAGGUAUCGAUGGCAUGGAUACGGAAAUGAUAUCGGACGAGGACGAAAACACGUUCAAGGAAGACGAAGCUCGGCCAACGUCAGCAUCGAAGCCGUCCUCUUCGGGAACUAAGAAGAAGGACCUCACCUUCAAGAAGGUAAACAAGAAAGGCAAGGAACGUAACUACCGGGAUAAGGAGACCAAGAAACGAGAUCGCAAUGACAAUGACAAAGAGAACCAUGAUCGUCGUUCACGGGAGCGCAACCGCCAACGCCAGCGUCCGAAGCGAAAGGAACUGCAACGCUACGAUGUGCGCACGGUAAUCGAGAAGCGUCCAAGAGUAAUGAAGGAUCCAUUCGGAAGAGAUGUUACUCCGAGGCAGCGCUCCAAGACUCGUAGCCGCAGCCGAAGUCGUAGUCGCAGUCGCACCCCAGAACGUCGUCGAGAGAUGUCAAUUUCAUUGAGUCCGGAACCUCCGCGACGAUUCAACAGAAGACGAUCACUUUCACCAAGAUUCAGGGGACGAAAUCGUUCGCCACUGCCGUUCCGUAGAAACGCUUCAAGGUCUCCCUCAAGAGGUCCAAGAUUGAGAUCCAUUAGUAGGCCACGAUCGAGAUCUCCAGUGGUUGCGCGGCCACGCGUUGUGACAAGAUCAAUUUCAAGAUCUCUCACACCACCUCGCCCUAGACUUCCACGAUCUAUUUCGAGGCCUCUGAAGUCACGUUCCCGGUCACCAGAAGUUCGGGGAGCAAAGAUAAAGAAGACUAAGAAAAAGAAGCGUGUGGCUUCGGCUAGUAGAAGUCGCAGUCCAAGUGUAGAUCGUGGUAAGAAAAAGGGCAAGAAGGGUCGCAAGAAGAAAAACAAACACCGCAGCAGAUCCCCAGCUGGUAAAAAGAAGAGGACCAGAAGGAGGUCUGCUUCACCCAUGAUGUCACGUUCUCGUUCAAGAUCACCGUCGAUUCUUCCGGCGCAGACCACAGGAGUUCUUACCGAACGGUUCGCCAAGGUCCGACAGCAAAACUCGUGGACUCCUCCACCGCCGGUCAGACCGAAAACGAACGGAACGAAUUUGACGGUGAUUCUUACCAAUGAGGAAGCACUAGCAAAACAAGCGAAGGAACGCGAACGGAAGCGAAAGGAAGCAAGACGCCGGGAUCGGGCACGUGACAAGAAUCUACCCUCGAAGGAAGUAUUUACAUCAGGUGAUAAUAUAUUAGUUAGUGUUAGUUUUAACGACAAAAAUUUGAAUAAAGAGAAUGUAGCAGCCGCUGAAGGCGAAGCGUCCGCUGCGGUGACACAAAAGAGAUUGAAAGACAUGGCUAAGAAGCGAGCAGAAGCUGAGAAAGCCAAGCGAAGACGUUUGGAACGUUUGAAGAAGACGCGCGGCGAAGCUCCCAAGCCAGUAGUUAUCAUCGAUCUUGACAGAUCACCGUUCCGCGUUAUGACGCCUUCUCCUAGGGCAGUUAUUGUGCUCAGCGAUAGUGACAACGAGAAAGAUAAAGACCGUCGAGAGGCGGAUGCGAACCGCACCGGCGCAGCAAGCAAUCAACAAGUUAACGCAGAAACUAGUACUAAUGGACCGUCUUCGUCGUUGCGAAAGUCUCCUGCCGAACGACACGAGGAGGACAUGUUUGGUCCCAAAACACCACCAGGCUUCCCCAGCCAACCGCAGCCCUCGCAGAGCAAAGCUCAGGCGCCAAAGUUUUCCAUGCAAGUCAAAUCGAAAGCGUCGAAUAUUCGUCCGUUGAAUCUCCUGUACGAACCAGGCGAAUUGGACGAAGGUAAAACACCCGAGCGGAUGGAUAAUGCCGAAAGCUCGUACAACAUGGUCGGUCCAAAUACACCUCCAGAACCGGCUCCACAGUCUCCUUCGCCGGAUGUGUAUGAUCCGUUCGAACCAACGAAAUCUCCUUCCCCCUCUCCGUCACGGCGUGACAAUGUCUCGAUCGAACGUCUUUCUGACCUGGACGAUGCGGUGCUUCCUUCCAGCAGUGGCAAACCCGACGGACCAGACUCAGGUACCGUGGGUGACCCGAAGGCCGACUCCCAGAACCAAGACGAAGCAAUGAAUGGCGAAACCGACGGUCCACGGGGUAACAAGAUCACAAUCCUCAGCAACAUUGUCAUUAGUCAACCAUCAAAUAGCGCCUCGGGCGUAGUAAGCGGUUCUGGCGUCGUUUCGGCUAGCCAGAAUAACGGUGGUGACGACUCGGACGUCAUCUUCGAUGACUUCGUUUCAUCUUCUGCUCCUGUGCCCAGCAGCAACGUUGGUUACAACAGCACUGCCAACCAGUCGAACCCAAUCAAGUCGUACAGCACGGCCGCAAACUCAUCGAGCUUGAUCUCGAAACUACCACUGCCACCGGGAGCUACUGCCGGUCAGAAGUUCAAUGACUUUAUCAACCCUACCGAUUCGCCGUACUCUCCGGGAGCGAGCGAUUUCGAUGAUCUGUUCGAAGCGGGCGGUGAUUUGGAUUCUCCUCCGCCGGCACCAAUGAAGCAGUCCUACAAACCGACAAAAAUCGUCUCGAAAGGAGCCAAGAAGGCAGGUGGCUCUUUCGAUACGUUGUUUGGCGGUUCGCCUGCCAAUAACUUUAAACGGGGCAAAAAAGGAACGCAUAAACGGAAAGCCAAAGCGAAGGGUGGCGAUGAUGAGGAAGAUCUUUCCAAGUUGUCUACGAAGGAUAGGUUCCUCAAGAAGUUGAACCGAUUGGAAAGAGUCGUGGAAGAGGUUAAACUGGUCAUCAAACCGUUCUACAACAAGAAACAAAUCAACAAGGAUGAGUACAAGGACAUUAUGCGACGUGCUGUUCCGAAGAUUUGCCACAGCCGUACGGGGGAAAUCAAUCCGAUCAAGAUCCAGAAGCUCAUCAAGGCCUACGUGCGCAAGGUUCGUGCCCGGCGACGAUUAGCCAAGAAAGGCACCGGAGGUCCCGGUCCGCUCGUGGCUCCCGGUGCAGCGAAUCCGAUGAUCAUCUAAGGAGCGUUUCCACAUAUUUCCUCUCCUUUUCGGAACUCCAGCAAUAUACCCAACAAAUACAAACAAACUCACAUACACACAUACCCUUUCCCGUAUUGACUCCACGGGAUGGUAGCAUGGCGGUGCUGCCAGCAAGUGAAAAUUUGGUAAUGUUUUUGUUUUUGCUUUAUUUUUACUUCGUUUUUGACGAACACACUUUGCUGCGCGGCACAUUUCAGUGGGAAACAGUGUAAGGCUUGGCAAUACUUACUACUAUUGUUGAUGCACUUUUACGCGUUUGAGUCCAAUUGCAUGAAAUUACUUGAACAAAGUUUUCCCUUACUGGGGUAAAAAAUGCGCAAGAUUGUAAAAAAAAAAAAGAAUUGAACAAAUUUAAUAAGUGAGGCAAAAUGACGCAUCUACUUGAAACAUAAGGAUUCCUUAUCGAAUGAAACGACUAGUUUUUUUUGUUGUCUAGAAUUAAGUAACCAUUAGGACACACGAUCACGCAUCAAUUUCACUCAUAAUUGUGGUAGAAAGUUGCUACACAGAAAGUCUAGUUAAAAAAGGGUAUUUAUAACAAUUAUCAUAAUGAAAUAUUUAUUGAAUAUACAACAAUUACUAGGAGUUAAUGUAAGUUGAUUAGAUUGUGCUAACUGUAGAGAAUAAUCUCUGAAUAAGGUACAUUAUCAGUGUAAAGUUUGUCCAAUUACAAUCUAGCUAUUGUCUUAAAGCUGCGUUCACAAUGCCCUGUUCGUUAUUCUUUGACAUCGUUCUGAACAGCAUGGCUCGAGAAAGACAUCUCCCGAACACGGCCCGGUCCGAUAGUUGAUUGGAUCGGGCUUUCGGAAGAGCAGCUCGUGCAAAUCUAGAUCCCUUCCACAAUCACAAAAUCAGCCCUGAUUCGAUGCAAUUGAGACUUCGAUCAGCGAACAAUGCUGAUCUUGAGCGAAUGGUAGAAUUUCCGACUGUCGAAAUGGAUCCAUCUACCUAUGAAAGGAUAGCAGUUCACAUCCCUUGCGAAUGUGUUUAUAUGGAUGCACCCAAAAUGUAAAACAGCCGUAAUAAGGAUCGUCUACUACCUACUACAAUUAAAAGUGAGUAAUUUUAAAUCUGUAGUAUUGCCUGUGAGGAACAUAUGAAUUCAUCUAAAUACACAACAGAGAAAAUGCUAAAUAAAAGUAAAUAGUUUAAGAAUA